AUGCCUCGCCUUGUACGCCGUCGCCCGCUUGGGGAGCGCAUCCGCAGCUGGUUGAACCCUUGGGACUUUUUGCUUUGGGCCUCUGAAACGAUCGAGGGUUACGAUUUGGAUGAACUGGAAAAGGACUGGGGCCUAGUCAUUGGAAUCACGCUGAACGUGGUAUUUCUUGUGGCACGUGCAAAUGCACGCUCAAGUGGCAUGAAAGCCAUCGACGAUGUUUUUGGUGAAGAGGAGGGCGUUCCUUGGCUGAGCUGGUUGGCAUCAUCCAUCGUCUCCUCCCUCGCCAUUUCAUCAGCACUGAACGCCUUCUACACCUUCUAUCGCAAGCGACACUAUCGCAUGUUUGAGAAUCCUAUAGACCAAGCCCCGGCCACUUCAUCGGCCCAACGUGUACGAGUCGACUCGAGUCCGAUGACGGCGUCUCCUCUCCGAUACCUGGCCAACGCGAUGUCUACCGAGUCUGCCCAGUCGAGGGCACACCCCGAUGCACAAAGAGAUGUAUGGGAGGUCGCAAUGUGGGAUCCUUUGCCAAUCAGCACUCGGCUUUUCUGCCUAUUCAGCCCUGGGCAUGUCCUUGUCUAUAUGCUUUUCCUACCCACCCAGCUGUCCGAUCAACGACCUAGCGUGACCAUUGUCACCACCGCCUUCCUAGCAGCCCUCCUCUCAGUCCAAAUGUCCUUCCUUUCGGUGUCAUAUACACAACAAGCCAAGGACUCGACAUUAGUACACAAGGAAGUCUUGAAAGAAUACGAUAACAAAUAUGUUCAUCCUCGAACCAGACCUUUAAUGAGAGAUGUCGGAACACAAUUUGCCGAUGUCGAUGCGGCCAAAUCUACUUCCGACGCGCCGAAUGAGGUUGAUACUUACACCCCGGCGUUUAUCAUCAACCGGGGGGUUUAA